AUGUUCCAGUCGUUCACCGGCAGCUCUCGGCGUCCGAGGCAGGUCAACCUCAGCGGCCGCACCAACAACCCCUUCGCUGCGUUUCCGGGCAGUUCUCCCGGCCGAACUACUCCUCAUGCCACGACUCCACAGAGUGCGGUUGCAAUCGCUCAGCAAGAACGCCUUCAGAGACAGCGGGAGAGGGAAAAGCAGAAUGCCGUCCGCGUCGUCCAGCGAGGGUGGCGGGGUUAUCGCAGCAGAAAAGCUACAUAUGGCUUGUGGAGGUUAGAGUGGGAUAACAACGAGCGAGAAAUGGCGGGGGCGAGUGGCUUUAUGGCAGGUAUCGAGGGCUCUGCCGAUGAUCUGGCACUUGCAUCGCACCGUCCUUCACCGUAUGCCACCGCGGACCAGUGCCUGAUCCAACUCCGCCUCCUUGUCCAAUUUGUGUCAGCACGAAGCCGUGAAGAUGUCCUACGACUUGUCUAUUUUGUCGAUGCCUUCGAACAAACGUUUCGCACCCUACCGACGAUCGCAGCUGAGGGCGAAUGGACCAACCUUCUCAGAGGGCUUGCCAAAGUGGUCCUAAAUGUGCUGCACUCAGCCUCCAAUCAUUCUGUCCCUCUUACAGCAGUGGAGCCUCUUCUACGAGCUGUGAUAUUUCUCGCGGGAUUGAUACCGAAACAAAUGGCAGCUCUCGCAGACACUUAUUACGAUACUAUGGCAUAUUUGACCACCAACAUGUCGAACUUGCGUCUAUCGGAACACAGCAACGGAAUAGACAGGCCAGGGGUCAACCCUGAGCUUCUCAAAGAAGCUGUUCUCGCUGUUCUCCGACCAAUCACUUCCGAGACUAUGUCUGCUUACGAAUCGUUUGCCGUUUCGUACCUCACAAUCCCCAGUCUCGAGGCCUACCUGGGCAAACUGGAUGGGCUCGCCGGACAAAUAAAUUACAGAAUGCUAGCACUGGCAGUCUCUAGUCGUCUGAGUGUUUCCGCACAAAGAUCUGGCCUACUAGACGAUAUGCAGGCGCGCACUUGGCUGUUAGCAUACUUGAUUUUCUUCCAACAACAUACCUCGGGCACCCAGAAUAGCUCGCAUGCCCCAGAGCUGGAGUUUGUGACCGUCGUGUCGGACUUGUUGACUUCAACGGCUGCGUAUCUUAUGCAGGGCUUAGAGGUGGAGGACUCGACCGAUAUGGACUCUCCCAGAGGCGUACGGCCUUUGCACCCUUUCAUCAAGGACCAGAUCAACGGUCUCUUAAACCAAAACAGCGUCACUGGACUGCUUUCCCGUAUUCGAUCGUCUCCAGUUCCCCAGACAACCUUGACAAGAGACAGCUCUGAAGCAGCGAAAGAAGCCAGAGUCCUUGCAAAGUAUGCAUUGAAUUUACUGCGAAUAUUUCCCCGACGAGGCGAUGAUAUCCGGAUGUGGCUGUACUUAGGGUCGGCUCCAUCUGGAGAACUGGCAUCUGGCCAAGCAGACGCGAAGAUACCGGCUAUCAAAUAUUUCUGGCACGCAUCUAGAUCAAGUCGCGUUUUUCAGAUCAUCAGCAGCGAUUCCACAAGAGUCCUUCCACUGUUGCAGCAAGCGAAGGAAGCUGUCGAUCUGCCUCAGGACCAACGUGAUCAGGAAUGGACUACCAUACUUCUCUUCCUUGAGCUUUAUACCUUUGUCUUGAAGGUUAUGGAUGACGAUGAAUUCUUUUCUAGCACGUCUUCUCUUACAUCCUCCGACAACACCAAGAUAUCAUGGACCAGGGAAAGUGCAUUGCCGCUGGGCGAUAUCAAGGACAUGACGGUGUUCCUCAAGAACCUUGCUUUCACACUGUACUGGAACGCGGUUGACUUGACUGAGCCAGAACUGGGAUCGACAGCUGUAAAUCUGAGCAGCUAUUUCAACAGUACCAAGCAGACAUCCGGUCCUUCAGAGUCCGUUCCCGACACGAAGGAUCUUGGAUCCAAGACCCAAAACAACAAUCUUCCUGGGGUGACAGGUAUUCCUCUCGAGUACUUUAAGGGGCUUGUGACGGGCCUGUUACGAAUGUUGCAUGAACGAGACUCGCGACGGAAAUUCCUGCCUAAAGAUCAUUGGCUUAUGACCAGUCGAUUUGACAUGGAAGGCUUUAUCUCCGCUGUUGUUGGAGAGGAGGAGAGAAGGCAUGAAUUCCAAGCUCGAGCGGAAGAUUCCGAUGAUACCGAUCUGAUGAAUGCCGACACGAACACGCCGGUUGGCCUAGCGGGUACCGGUCAUGCACAGCAGACUAUCCGCCUAGAGUCUUUGCGCCGUCAUCAGCAGCAGGUCGCUCGUGGUAGAGUACUGGCGGCUAUUGCACCCCGACUUGAGAUUCUUCGAAACAUGCCAUUUUUCAUUCCAUUUACCACCCGAGUACAAAUCUUUCGCGAAUUCAUCUACCAUGACCAGCACCGUCGGCGGCACGGACUGGUCGAUCCGGAUUCCUGGCGUGCCUCUGUAGCUCAGGCUACCAUGGGCCAGAUGAUCAAUGGGCAUCCUGCUGUUCAGGAUGUCCUGGCUCGCCAUCAAGCCGAAAUUCGACGCGAUCAUGUGUUUGAUGAUGCCCUGGCCCAAUUUUAUCCCUUGGGGGAUGGCCUUAAGGAGCCUAUCCAGAUCAGUUUCAUCGAUCGAUUCGGUGCCAUGGAGGCUGGCAUUGAUGGCGGGGGCAUCACCAGCGAGGCAUUCAAGACUGAAGAUGGCUUUAGCAUGUUUGCAGAGAAUGAUCAGCAUUUGCUGUAUCCUAACCCCACAGCUGUCGAACAGUGCAAGGAGCAACUGCGUCAGAAUGGACUGAACGAGUCGAGUGCUGAAUGGACCGGGCAAAUUCGUGAUCUUCUCCGUCGAUAUGAGUUCCUUGGCCGGGUAAUUGGCAAAUGUCUCUAUGAGGGGAUUCUAGUUGACGUCAAUUUUGUGCCGUUUUUCCUCCUGAAAUGGGCCUUGACUGGUGGCACUGGAUCGGCGAUGAAGGAGUCCUCCUACCGGGCCAACCUGAAUGACCUAAAGGAUCUUGACCAGGGGCUAUAUCAAGGCCUGCUGCAACUGAAGAACUACCCUGGUGACGUGGAGGAUUUCUCCCUGGACUUCACGGUGACUGAUACCAUUCCGAUGCCUGGGUCGGCGAACCGCACGGUGACGAAGGAACUGCGAUACAAUGGCUCCAAGACCCCCGUCACGAACCAGAACCGCUUAGUUUACAUAUCGUAUAUCGCGCGGUAUCGAUUGCAGGUGCAGCCUGCCAUGCAGACCAACGCUUUUCUGCAGGGUCUCGGGCAGAUCAUCCAGCCCGCUUGGCUGUCCAUGUUCAACCAGUCCGAGCUGCAGACCCUGGUGAGCGGCGAGACCGGUGAUAUCGAUGUGGAGGAUCUCCGGCGGAACACACAGUACGGCGGCGUGUAUACCAUUGGCGAUGACAAUGAGGAGCACCCGACCGUCCAGCUGUUUUGGAAGGUGAUGCAUGAGAUGAAUAACGAGGAGCGACAGAAGGUGAUCCGAUUUGUGACCUCGACACCGCGUGCUCCGCUGCUCGGGUUCAGCCAUCUCAAUCCGCGCUUCAGUAUCCGGGAUUCUAGUGAGGAUCAGGAGCGACUUCCGAGUACAAGCACUUGCGUCAAUCUCCUCAAACUGCCCCGCUACGCUAAUGCCGACACACUGCGCAAUAAGCUGCUCUAUGCGGUGAGUUCCGGGGCUGGGUUUGAUUUGAGUUGA